GCGGGGGAAGGGAUCGGGCUCACAAGAUGGCGGCGGCGGCGGAGGAGCGGAUGACUGAGGAGGGAGGCGGCAGCCACGGUGACGGCGGCUCUUCUUCGGCCGUCGGCUCUGCCCAGCGACAGCCCCCGCCUCUCCCUGCCCAGCCCCCGCAGCCGGGGACCCAGGUGCCCCCAGCGCCGGCGCUGGCUGCGGACCAGCUGCCUCAGAACAACACGCUGGUGGCGCUGCCCAUCGUGGCCAUCGAGAACAUCCUCAGCUUUAUGUCCUACGACGAAAUUAGCCAGCUGCGCCUGGUUUGUAAAAGAAUGGACUUAGUUUGCCAGAGAAUGUUGAAUCAGGGGUUUCUGAAAGUGGAGAGGUACCAUAACCUGUGUCAGAAGCAAGUGAAGGCACAGCUCCCAAGGAGAGAAUCCGAAAGGAGAAACCAUUCUUUAGCUCGUCAUGCAGACAUCCUUGCUGCUGUGGAAACAAGGCUGUCACUGUUAAAUAUGACUUUUAUGAAGUAUGUGGAUUCCAAUCUCUGUUGCUUCAUCCCAGGAAAGGUGAUUGAUGAGAUCUACCGUGUGUUGAGGUAUGUCAAUUCUACCAGAGCCCCACAGCGAGCUCAUGAAGUCCUCCAGGAGUUAAGGGACAUUUCCUCCAUGGCCAUGGAAUACUUCGAUGAGAAGAUUGUUCCCAUUCUGAAGAGGAAACUGCCAGGGUCAGAUGUAUCUGGAAGACUCAUGGGCUCUCCUCCAGUUCCAGGACCAUCCGCAGCCCUAACGACGAUGCAGCUCUUCUCGAAACAAAACCCUUCGAGACAAGAGGUUACUAAACUCCAGCAGCAGGUUAAGACCAACGGUGCUGGAGUGACUGUUCUCAGGCGGGAAAUUUCUGAGCUUCGCACCAAAGUGCAGGAACAGCAAAAACAGCUUCAAGACCAAGACCAGAAACUGCUAGAACAGACCCAGAUUAUAGGUGAACAGAAUGCGCGGUUGGCAGAGCUGGAGCGCAAACUCCGGGAGGUCAUGGAGAGCGCGGUAGGAAGCUCCUCGGGGGCGAGGCAGAGUGAGGAGUCUCCUCGGAAGCGGAGAAAGGCCACAGAAGCCAUAGACUCGCUUAGAAAAUCUAAGCGGCUUCGAAAUCAAAAGUAGGUUGGAGACUGGGCCUUGCUCCAGAGGAAGGUGUGGCUCGGCCUAGCAGGAUCCUGGGAACAGUGCUGUGUCAGGGCCCUCUAGGCUUCCAGAAUACAACUUCAGCCUGAACUCACAGUUGGGACAUUCACCCCCUGCUUCUCCUUGUGGAACUACGCACAGAGUUUUUACUUUGCAAUAGAUUUGUACUAACCGGACCUGCUCUAUCAUGUUUGGGGAGUUGACUUUUUUCUGUGCAGAUAAUCUCUCUUUGUUUCAGCAUAUGUGCACAUUACCUAGGAUCUUAAGCAAACCAGUCCUGACAGACUAGAAGUUGUUUCAUAAAGAAAAUGUCCUGUUCACUUGAAAGGAAAAAAAAAACCUACUUUUUAAAUGGACACUAUCAGGGUUAAAAAAAAAAAAAAAAAAAAAAAAGUUGACUUUUUGUUAUAAGUGACCUUUGUCUGGAAUGUCUGAAAAGUAGUUAAGCUUUUUGGUAUCGAUGUAAUGGGUAACUGAAAGGACUUGCAUAGUGUUGACUGUAGAAGGAGCCUCUACAGUAUUGACUAUAUAUUUUUAUAAACUACUGGCAAGGGACAGAUCCAGUUGGUGUCCACGUUUUCAGUUCUCUGGGGCCAUGUCCUACAUUCGCAUGGAUGGAUGCAUGCACGCCUAGUCAGCCCACUUAAAAGCUCUUGCACUGGCACUGAUCUUGAACCUCUACUUCUCCACUUAGCAUCUCAUUGAUUUAAACGCUUUAUAUCUUCCACCUCAACUGCUUGCCUCCAGGGGAGAGUUGUUAGUCCAUUUGUCCUCCAGUUUUAUAGGAACAAAAGACUAUUAAAGCUGUUGCUUUCUCUGUCCUCUGUAGGGCUCAGGUACACUGGCUGUGGUCAGACCCAGGUCCAAGGCCCUUUCUGUUAAGACCAGGCCUCUGGGAGCUAGUACUGGUCUAACUCCUUACUGCGCCUGAUGGUCAAAUGUGGGACCCAGCUAGUAGGUUUAGUUUUGCCACUGAAGGAAAAUUCACUGAAGAAAAUGGUGCCAUGAAAAAGCAAUUAGAUCACUUCAUUGUUAGGAGCUGACCUGAGGGAAGCUUUUUAAUUUUAAUUUUAGGCUUUCCUUGUCCUAACUUUAUACAGAAGCUUUAAUUUUGUUUGCACUCCUAUUUUGAGCUUGUAACUGGAAAAGCAUGUCUUGCACUGUUCACCCUUCCAAGUGGUCACUUUAACAACCUCCAAAUGUGUACAGUGGUUCUCUUCCUGAGCUGUAUACUUUUGAGACAUUCAGUUAUCACUGUCCUAGUUUUAUUUUAAUGUACUAAAUUAUAGUUAUUUGACUGUUCUUUUAAACUGUUGCCUUGGGCUUCCAUUAUUUAAAGUAAAUGUAGGUGUAAUAGAGAAAACUCUCCCUUUCCAGGUGGGAGUUUGACACCUGUGUAAAACCCAAGGUUUUGGUAAGUACCUUAGUUGAAUAAAAGCACAAGGUUAUCCACUCCUGUAUCCGUCCAGCAUGACAUGGUUACUCCUAUUUUAGGUUAAGUUACCAAAUGAAACUUCUUCCUGUCCAUUUUUCAUAUUGUCCUUUUAUGAUUUUUAUCCUCAGAUUUUGAUCAGUUCUAUGUCUUCACUUUUAAACUCCAUUUACAUACAAUGUAGUAUGUUUUCAGUGAAAAACCCUAAAAUAACGUCCAGGUGUUUCAUGGUUUGUUGGGAAGGUAAUUUUAAAAUAAAGUUUCCUAAAACAUUUGUCAGCCAAGGUUAUCUGUAAAAGUCCCUGUCUGGAACACAUUUUCUCAGCAGGUCUUACUCUUGCAAUCCUAGGAUUUAGCCAUAUUACCAGAACUUCGGAGGCGGCCUACUGGCAAACUCAUGGCCUUUAGUAGUUGUCUUUCUGCUAACAGGAAGACUUUUUGAAGCAGCCCAGUGCAGGUUUACAAAGUAUGAUCCUUAAGCAUCAAAGAGGAAUAGCCUCAAAUUAUUUCUGCAGUAGUUGAAAUAAAUUGUUAAAAAAGUUUUCUGAAUUUCUUUUAAAACUCUGUCUGGUUAGCCUAACUGUAUCUGUAGUUUUGCAUUGGUAACGUGAGUGUAUGACUCUCACAGUGACCGUCCAUAGUAUUAGAAAGUAAAUUUUCUGUUCUUCAGACCAGAUUUCUGCAGCACAGUCUUGAGUUGCACUUGCCAGUGUGCGAAUAUCCCAUGUGCAGGAAAACCAAACACUACAGUUGAAGUGUCAGACUAGCUAAACUACUGUGGGUUGUUGCCUGCACUUCCUUGAGCCAGCUGUUAGGGUAGCUAUUGCACCUGCUCUGGGGUAGUGUGUGGAUACUGAGGGUUCUGAAGGUCGCACUUCAUUUUCAGCAGCUAAAACAGAUAAUAUUACAUUGCUUUGGAAUCUAGCUUUGUAGGAGAUCACUCUGAAUUUUCUGUUGGUCAUCUAAAUGCUGUGUGUUGUUAGUAGCACAACAUUUCAUAAAGUAUUUCCAUCACCUUGACUGCUUUUCAGAGACUGUUUUACUGUGUCAUACCCACCUAACUGAAUUCUGGUACCACCCCAGGAUGUGUACAAAUGUGAAAAGAUGAGCGCGGGGUGUGGAAAGGACUGCCCCCGAACCGCUCCCCUGCCUCAGCCCUCACGUCCCGAGGCCACGGUCUGGUGUCCUGACUGUUUUGCCACUGGGAGCCUGGAAGUAGGGGCAGAUGUGGGUGCGUGCAGAGCAGUCCUGCUGUUCCCAAGCCUGUCAGUGCCAUCAGGUCUAAAGCCACUGGUUUUGGAAGUAAUUUUUUGUAAAACAUGUUUUGGAGUACUGAACUUCACAGGGGAUUGCCUUAAUCUCUAUGUAGUAGUUUCAAGAUGUAUGCGCAUUAUUCUACAUGUUGAAAUUUUAGAAUAUUCUAUGUAGCCCCAAAUGUGGGUAAAACAGUAUAAAUAAUGCUUAAAUAAAUAAGCAAAAAGGUGUCACUACAGCUGGAUUUUGAGAGAAGACAUAAUAGGCUAUGCUUCAUAACAAUAAUGGCACCUUGGUAUUGCACUAUUUUUUGCAUUAUUUUAUAUGCCAUUUCAUAGCCUGCACUUUAAUCUCCAAAGAAACGAUGUAUGAUGACCCAGUUGUUAUUAUUAAUAAACUUUUUCCUAGACAGGGCACUUAGUUCUAUUUUAUUGUACUGGAUAAGUUUCU